GCCAUUAUGGUCAUGAAAGCACCAAUGAUUCACGAAUGGCAACAUUUCAUCGUUUCAUAGUCCCUCCCUAAACGUGCAUUGGCGCGCUGUGCAUCCUUCCGUCGGGUCCCCGGUCAUCUCUCCGUGAGCCUCAGUAAAACUGGCAAAAAUAUGGCGGGUAUGGGCGCCUCGGGUCCCGGCCCGGUUUCGACUCUCGACCAGGUGGAUAAAGGGCUGAAGGAGACUCUUAUAGACGCACUGAACGCCAUUCUGUCGCCGGUGCAAGAAGUGCGUGCUGCGGCGGAGGAGCGCAUUAAAGUGUUGGAAGUGACGGAGGAGUUUGGAGUUCACCUUGCGGAGCUCACUGUCGACCCACAUGGAGCACUUGCUAUACGCCAAUUGGCCUCUGUCAUUCUGAAGCAGUAUGUUGAGACCCACUGGUGCUCCCAGUCAGAGAAAUAUAGGCCACCGGAGACGACUGAAUGGGCCAAAGCUGCGAUCCGUGAGCUGCUGCCAGGCGGUUUGCGGGAAGCCAUUAGUAAGGUGCGCUCCAGUGUGGCCUACGCCCUGUCGGCUAUUGCGCACUGGGACUGGCCUGAAGCUUGGCCCGGACUCUUCAAGCUCCUCAUGGACAUGCUGGCCAGUGGGGAUGUUAACGCUGUACACGGUGCCAUGAGGGUCCUCACAGAAUUUACACGAGAGGUGACAGAUGUGCAGAUGCCUGAUGUUGCACCUGUCAUUUUGCCUCAAAUGUACAAGAUUUUUACCAUGGCAGAGGUUUACAGUAUUCGCACACGAUCCAGAUCAGUUGAGAUCUUCACCACGUGUGCCAAUCUCAUCUGUGCGAUUGAUGAAGUAGCAAAGGGUGCUGCCAAUACUCUGAUCUUCCCGGUGGUACAGCAGUUCACAGAGGCCUUUAUACAGGCUCUGCAGAUCCCAGACGGACCCACUUCGGAUAGUGGCCUGAAAAUGGAAGUGUUAAAGGCAGUGACUGCUCUCGUGAAGAACUUCCCCAAACCCAUGGUGUCCUCCAUGCAACAGAUUCUACCUAUUGUGUGGAACACCCUGACAGAGAGUGCCUCCUUUUAUGUGAGAACUGAGGUCAACUACACAGAAGAAGUGGAUGAUCCAGUUGACUCUGAUGGUGAGGUCCUUGGCUUUGAAAACCUCGUCUUCAGCAUCUUUGAGUUUGUCCACACUCUCCUGGAGAACAAGAAGUUCAAGAGCACAGUGAAGAAAGCUCUACCAGAGCUCAUAUAUUACAUCAUCCUCUAUAUGCAGAUCACGGAGGAUCAGAUCAAGGUAUGGACUGCCAAUCCACAGCAGUUUGUUGAGGAUGAGGAUGACGACACAUUCUCUUAUUCGGUCCGGAUAUCAGCACAGGAUCUGUUGCUGGCUGUUGCUGCCGAGUUUCAGAAUGAGAGCGCUGCUGCUUUAGCGGCGGCUGCAACGCGGCACCUCCAGGAGGCGGAGCAAGCCAAGAACGCAGGCAGUGAACACUGGUGGAAGGUGCAUGAGGCUUGCAUGCUGGCCCUGGGUUCAGUCAAGACCAUCAUCACAGAGAAUGUAAAGAACGGUCGUGUGCAGUUUGACAUGCAUGGAUUCCUUGCCAAUGUCAUCCUUGCUGACCUCAAUUUACCAGCAGCCUCUCCAUUCCUGUUGGGCCGGGCCUUAUGGGCAGCCAGUCGAUUCACUGCAGCGAUGUCCCCAGAGCUCAUUCAGCAGUUCCUACAGGCCACUGUGAGUGGUCUACAUGAGAGCCAGCCACCCUCUGUUCGGAUCUCCGCUGUGAGAGCUAUCUGGGGGUAUUGUGAUCAACUCAAGCUGUCGGAGAGUACCCACGUCCUGCAGCCGUUCCUGCCCAGUGUCUUGGAAGGGCUGGUGCAGCUCGCGGCUCAGUUCAGCUCUGAAGUUCUCACUUUAGUCAUGGAAACCCUUUGUAUUGUUUGCACCGUGGAUCCGGCUUUCACCACGAGUGCUGAGAACAAAAUCUGCCCGCUCACUAUUGCCAUAUUCCUUAAGUACAGUAAUGAUCCAGUUGUAGCAUCUUUAGCGCAGGACAUCUUCAAGGAGCUUGCCCAGAUUGAAGCUUGCCAAGGACCCAUGCAAAUGCGCCUCAUUCCUACUCUUGUUAGCAUUAUGCAGGCACCGCCUGAUAAAAUCCCAUCUGGCCUUUGUGCUACAUCCAUAGAUAUCCUGACUACAGUUGUUCGUAACACUAAGCCCCCCCUGUCAGACAUGCUUGUGUGCCAAGCUUUUCCUGCGGUGGCCCAGUGCACCCUCCGCACAGAUGACAACACCACAAUGCAGAAUGGUGGUGAAUGCUUGAGGGCCUAUGUGUCCGUCGCGCUGGAGCAGAUUGCCCAGUGGCAAGAUGAGCAAGGCCACAGUGGCCUGUGGUAUGUCAUGCAGGUUGUCAGUCAGCUCCUGGACCCCAGGACGUCUGAGUUCACCGCUGCUUUUGUAGGUCGUCUGGUGUCCACUCUCAUUGCCCGGGCUGGCACUCAGUUGGCUGACCAGCUGGACCAAAUACUACGUGCUAUUCUCAGCAAGAUGCAGCAGGCCGAGACCCUCAGUGUGAUGCAGUCCCUGAUCAUGGUUUUCGCCCACCUGGUCCAUAUCCAGUUGGAGCCUCUGCUGGAAUUCCUAUGCAGUCUUCCAGGUCCCACAGGGAAACCUGCCCUAGAGUUUGUCAUGGCUGAGUGGAUGAGUCGCCAACAUCUGUUCUACGGCCAGUAUGAAGGCAAAGUCAGUGCUGUCGCCUUGUGUAAACUCCUCCAGCACGGUCUCAAUACAAACGACAAGCGCCUCCAAGAUAUAGUCGUCAAAGGAGAUGAAAUUUUUAAUCCAGACGAGGGAAUUUGUACACGUUCUAAAUCAGCCAAGAACCCGCAGCGGUGGACCAACAUUCCUUUGCUGGUAAAGAUCUUUAAACUCAUCGUCAAUGAACUUUCUUCUGUGGUGGAGGCUAAUGCAAAUAGAGCAAAUCCUGCAGAUUGGAGCCAAGACUCUGGUGGAAUGUGGGAUGAUCUGGCAGAGGAAGAGGAUGAUGACGAGGAAGAUGAAGGACUAGCAGGACAGCUUCUGUCUGAUCUCAUUGCCUCCAACAAAUAUGAUGAUGAUUAUUAUGAGGAUGAUGAUGAUGAAGAUCCAGAUGCUCUGAAGGAUCCCAUAUAUCAAAUUGACCUUCAGGCUUAUCUGACAGAUUUCCUCACCCAGUUUGCUCAGCAGCCUUGCUAUAGCAUGUUUUCAAGCCACUUGAAUGAAGUAGAGAGAAGAGUCUUGCAGUCCAUCGGUAUAUGACCUGUAUCCCCACCCAACAUCGGCUCCUUGUCCUUUGUUUCCGUCUUUACCACUCGGUCAUCUUUUCUUCAAACUUGAACAUUUGAGUGGCCUCGGAAUGCCUUUCGAAUGACGCUGAUGCACAACCCAAAAGAGGACUGGAGUAAAGGUUUACGUGCCUCUCCCUGUGUUUUAUUAAGGGAAGGAAUGGACAUUGGUUCCUGGGGAUGUUAGAAGAGCAGGGCGUGAGGAGCAGCUUCUUAGCAUCCCAGACAGGACUGUGUUGGUGCAUUUGACUCGGAUGUCAAAACACUACUGUGCUUUGAUAGACCCGUCUGGUAUGAUGAAUGAAUUUUUUGCAAAGGGACUGGUAACAGUAUAGGAGCCAUUUAAAUGUAUCAACUGGCCAUUUGUACCUUCUCACUUUACUAAAUAACGAUGGUUACAAAAUCUUUCUGUAGAGGAAGGAAAAAGACUUCUGGGAGAUGAUAAAUCUAAUCUUUGGGGAAAAAAAGUUGGAACUGUUGGCGGCCUUAUUAAAAUUAUCCAUGUCGUUUGUCAUUAUGUGGUCUCAUGAGCAUGGUCUUUAUGGCUACACAGUGUUGGGUGAGCAUGAAGAAAUUAUAUGGUGUUACCAUGGUGAUCUUACAGUCUUAUUAGCAACGCUGUCUCCACUGGAGUAUGAGAAAAAUUUCAAAAUAAAAGGCCUGUUAAGGUCUCAUUUUUAAGUGUAUUUAGUUUCAAAAAGUUUUUGAAGGUUUAGGCAUCUGUAUAACAGUAUUUUAAUUUUUUACCGUGAACAAUCGUCCUUCAUCUAUAUUUACUCUUAAAGAUGUACUGUUAACGCUUUACAAUAAAGUCUCAUUUCAUAA